AUGUUACCACCAACAUGGUUCUCGAGGGAAGCUGAGCCCAAUCAUCCUGCUGGCACCUCAAUCGAUGGCCACGGCCGUGGCCAUGGCCAAAGUCCAACGCCGAUUCCUACCCAAAGCCCCGAGAUGCUCUUCUUCUCGGCGCCGACAUCAGCCUCCCAACCCCGGCGCUCUAGAUCCGGCGACGGCAUCCACCUGCCCCGCCUCCAAGGACCAGCACCCAGCUUGAGUUGGUAUCCCGAUCGUCCCCCGAGCCCAGCCCGGCAUCUCAUCCAGGAAGUCGACAGCAAAUUCGGACCACCCUCCCACCGGCGUCGUCUGGACGAGUUCACCGCGUUUCCGCACGACGUCAACUUGCAUUCUACGCGUCUUGACGACGUUGCAUAUUUCAGGGCGCAAGAAGGGCGAUGGCCCCUGAUCGAUUCGCUAUAUGACCGGCGAUUCCUCGGGGAGGCUCUCCCGUCGGAAACAGCUAGCACCGUCUCCGUCUUGUACAGAGACGGGUACCGCUCUGCAGGAGAGUCCCCGCCCCCACUGUUGUAUCACGAUCAUCAAGAACCAGGGCCAGAACAGGAUCAGUCCCCGGCCUCGCCGCCAAUUAUGUUGAACGGCGUUCGAGUCCCUCCUGCGACGCAAUUCUACGGCUUGCCGCUCAUCCAUGAGGUGAUCGAUGAUGAGAGGAUGAGAGUUGAUGAGGAUGGGGAUUUAUCCUAUACCGGAAUGUUGAAUGCCGAAGCGUAG